AUGCAUAUCACAGAGUCUCAAACUCUGCGAUUACUGCAGUUCCCAUGUAGUGUAUACCAUUAUACAUAUCUAUAUAUCGGGUUGGAGCCUGGUGUUUGGAGUGGAGGAGCCCACAGACUGUUUCUCCAUUUUGGUCACACUCUGGAAAACCCUAAAUAUGAACUGAUCAUUGAAGCUCAGGACAUGGCUGGUUUGGACGUUGGUUUAACUGGGACAGCAACAGCUACCAUUCUGAUUGAUGACAAAAAUGAUCACUCCCCAAAGUUCACCAAGAAAGAGUUUCAUGCCAUUGUCAAUGAAGGAGUUGUGGGAGUGAUUGUCAAUUUAACAGUCCAAGAUAAGGAUGACCCUACUACUGCAGUCUGGAGAGCAGUCUACACUAUCAUCAAUGGAAAUCCAGGGCAAAGUUUUGAAAUACAUACGAAUCCCCAAACCAACGAGGGAAUGCUUUCUGUUGUCAAACCUUUGGAUUAUGAGAUUUCAGCAUUUCACACACUAUUGAUCAAAGUAGAAAAUGAAGACCCAUUGGUUCUUGAUGUAGCAUAUGCCAGCUCUACAGCCACAGUCCAGAUAACUGUCUCGGAUGUAAAUGAAGGCCCAGUUUUUCACCCUGACCCCAUGACAGUGACCAAGCGUGAGAACAUCACUAUUGGCAGCAUGCUGUUGACAGUAAAUGCCACAGAUCCUGAUUCCUUGCAGCAUCAGACCAUUAGGUACUCUAUUUAUAAAGAUCCAGCAGGAUGGCUAUACAUCAACCCAAUCAAUGGGACAAUUGAUACAGCAGCUGUCUUGGACCGUGAAUCUCCAUUUGUCCACAAUAAUAUAUACACUGCACUUUUCCUUGCAAUAGAUAGUGGUGAUCCUCCUGCAACUGGCACUGGAACUCUACAGAUAAAACUGGAAGAUGUGAAUGACAAUGCUCCUCUUAUUUACCCCACACUUGCCAAAGUUUGUGAUGAUGCCAGAGAUCUCAAUGUGGUCAUUCUGGGUGCAUCAGAUAAGGAUCUCCACCCAAAUACUGAUCCAUUCAAAUUUGAAUUGAAUAAACAAACUGGGUCUGAUAAAUUCUGGAAAAUUUCUAAGAUCAAUGACACUCAUGCCCAGGUAAGCCUUCUUCAGAACCUGAAGAAAGCCAACUACAAACUACCUGUCAUGGUGACAGACUCGGGCACGCCACCUUUGUCAAACACCACAGAACUAAGAGUGCAAGUUUGUUCCUGUAAGAAAUCUAAAAUGGACUGCAGCUCAGCUGGGAUCCCGCAUAUCAGAACCACCUUAGUUCUGCUUCUUUCAUUCUUCAGCUUAGUAUGGCUGUAAGAAAUCCUGACAUUUGAAGCUCUACUCCCAAGUUGCCAUAGCAACGGAAAAAAAAAGAAAAAGAAAAAAAUCGAUCUGAAGACUAAUGUUUACCGUCACUGUACUUCUCAACUAGGCCUCUACUGCUCCAGAUUUCAGUUUUGUCUGCUACUUCACUUAAUUUCUCAAACUCUGCUCCAGUGUCUGACAGCUCCUGCCUUCCUUUGUAAUCGAUGGAAUCCUCUUGCAAGUCCUGAUGGCCACGCAGUUACCCCGAGCGCUGAACGAUCAUGAUCAUGGCAUCUCACUUGACCUGGGAAUGGAAGAAAAAAAAUAUUCAAGGAUGACUACUUGUUUUUGAUAUCUGUUGACAUGUUGCUAUUCAGCUGUUCAAAAUGCUUUGUCUGUGGGUUGGUAUUUGUAUAUGUA